UCUCAUGACACUGACGUCAUGUGGAAUGCGGACUGCAGAUGCAUUGUCACAAAUAAUUGACCCGAAAACAAAUUGAGAGACACCCGAGCCGGAGAAAAUGCUCCGUUUUCUCUGCUGUUGCUGCUUCUCAGAUGAAAACUCGGACAACGAGAGGCAGCCCCUCCUGCAACCCAGACCAUCUGACCUGAAUGGAGCUGGAUCAGCCAGGCAGACCCGGCCAGCACACAGUGAUGCACAGACCGUGAAGCGGAUUGGCAGGCUGGUGAUGAGGCGAGUGUGUGUGCCAGAGUUGGACCAGAGGUUUACAGACAUGGCCGAGACUUUUAACGAACAGCAGGAGCGCUAUGAGGCCAUGGUCAAACACAUCACCAACCUGCAACAGCUCCACGGCUGUAGCCAUAAUGGCACCCUGGCUAUAGCUGAAUGUCUGGGGAAAAUCAGAGAUGAGCAUGAGGCCAAGUACAGGGUGUCCCUUAAGAUAAAGGGCUAUGACUUCUCCCUCAAUGUGGUUCCUGUGAGGUCAGAGGGGGAAAGUGAGGAGGAACCACUGCCUCCACGUCUGCGAUUGGCUCAGAAUGAACUGAAGAGCACUUCUGAGAGUGCCAAGGCCACCAUCUCAAAAGGUACCACACUUCAAGAGUUAAUUGGCUGGCUGCUCCGCAGCAGGGAUCAAAUGGCCGAGCAAGUGAAGGGCGCUGCAGCAACUUACCAGGAGCAAGGACGACUGAAUGAGAACCUGGAGGAGAACAUAAAGGAAGUGAGGAGGGCGAAGGAGUUGUCGCUGGAAUACAGACAGCAGGCCGGGGAAGUCCUCACUGAGGCUGCACAGAUAGCAGGGUCUUAUCUGUAGUUCAUGCACAUCUUGAAUACUUUAAUUGAAUCCAUCAAUUACAAUGCAUGUAUACGUGGUUCAAAUAUUUAGAGAGAUCAUACACACCCUUUGACAAUUAUGGGUAUAGAAAACACUGCCAACCUAGCAACAGUCAGUUUGUGAAAAUACACAGGGCUGCCAAACCUCAGCAUCAAUAACCUACACUCAUAUCCUAGCAUAAACAAUAACAUGAGGAGUGUUUGAAAUGUUACCAAGCAGAUAAUGAGACAUGCACACAGAGAACAUCAUGCAUGUAUUUAAAUGUGUCAAGUAUACACUCUGCUUUGCAGGCCUUUGCAGCCUUUUGCAUCAUGUUUGCUACAAGAACAUGACAACAUCAUAUGUGCUUUUAAAUGUUUUAUAUUAAGAUUUUAAUAAAUAUAGCAGAGACUUAUUUAAAAUGUAUUAAAAUAUCUACUUAUAUGCACUUCAUAACAGUAUUUUCCUUGAUGGGUGCGAUUUUAGCAGCUAACAUUAGGGGGCAUUGCACACUCACUUAACUACAACAACUUUAAUUCAUACUCUUCAGAUUUAGUCUGUUUUUCAGAGAUUGCUCUACGUGGAUAAAGAUUCCUUAAAAUCCCACAAUCGGGGAUCAGAAUGAUAAAUGUAUUACUAUUUUUUUGCAUAUAUAUUUUUUUAUUUUUACUUGAUUUCAUCAUAACGUUUGCCGCUAGGAAAGAAUGUAGAAAGUAAGUAAACAAGAAAGAACUCUGGUUGUGAACUGCACUGGAUAAUACACGUCUUCUAUAAUGCAAUAAAGGACACAAUUUCCCAUAGCAGCAAUGGGAACUGGACCAGA